AUUGUGCACCGACUUUCCAAUCACAAGGGUGGUUUCGUUGUAAUCAGCAAAGCGAGAGAGUGAAAAAUUUGUUGAAGUUAGUUGAAAAUUUAUUACCCAAAAAAUAAUUCCAUAACUAAAGGUGUAUUAAUUAAUAAAACGCGUUUAAUCUUAUAUAUGAACUGGAGUAUUUAAUAUUCUGACAUAAAAUGUAUGUCUUUUAACAACAACAACAAUGUUUAUGUAAAUGCUACACCUGCAUUUCAAAUGCAGAAUGGCGUAAACAACAACAAUUUCCACUCCUACCACAUUCUGCCGAUUGAUAAAGACAGUGAUUUUAACUCCAAUGCAACACAAUUGAAUUUAUAUAACCAGUCGCUAAUAAUCAAAAUGACACUUAGCGAUAAAGCCAAUCUCACCGCCAUCACGUGGGCGCAUGCGGUUAAUAGUCAGCAAGAGCUGAGCGAAGCGCUCAACAGCGACAUAAACAUGAUUGAGGCGGACAUUGUGCUCGGCAAGCUUAACAACACUGGUGACGAUUUGCCGGUGAUGGCGCAUCCGCCGGCCAAUUCCUCGGAUCUCUCAUUGACUGAAUUCAUGUUGCGCAUUUUGGAGCACAAUGAGGCGCAUGACGAGAAUGCGAAGGGUGUCAAAUUGGACUUCAAGUCCAUCGAAGUGUUUGAGGGCUCGCUGAAUAUUCUAAGUGAACUGAUACCAUUGAUGACCCAACCCGUUUGGCUGAAUGCGGACAUAAUACACGGACCUGUCAAUCAGACCAGCACCGUACCGGUUGAUCCGGAGCGGUUUUUCGCUGGCGCUGCGAAAUUCGAAUCAGCCGUACUCUCGAUUGGUUGGACGACACGAUGGGGUGCCAAUUUCACAGACGGUGCUUACACGGAGCAGCAAAUCGAUGAAAUGCUGCUUGCAAUCAAAAAUAACAAUGUAACCGCCAAACAACAUCCAAUCACAUUCCCCGUGCGCGCUGGCAUUGCCGCCAACAGUUUGGAACAACUGCAUGCGCUGGUGGCUGCUGUCAAUGAGACCAACGAAAGCUCACUCACCAUUUGGUCAUCGGCUGGUGAUUUUGUUGAUGUGCCGAAGUUACGGCAGCUCAUUUUCUCUUUUGGUUUUGAACGCGUGUAUUUGGAUGUACCGGCGGAUUUAGCCGAUCAAUUGGAAUUGAAUCGCACGGAAACUGGCAAUGCCGCCAGCAGAUUGCCGUCUUUGCUCAGUUUUAGUGUUGUCAGCGCCUGCUUGUAUUUGACCAGCAUGUGGCUGAAUCGCAUUAGGUUGUAAGUUUUUUUAAUAAGUGGAUAAAUUUCCGGAAGGUGGAAAACAUGGUAGUUUGGAAAGUGCGAAAAACUCUGAGAGUAGAAUAUUCAACAAAUUAAGCACUAAUCUUUAUUGGAAAUAAAUAGUAUGCAUUUAAAAUUAAAACUGAGAAUUUAUCAUCGAAAUCAUA